AUGCCGGCGGCCAACCUGAUGGAGAGCCUGCAGCCGCCCGCGCUGCAGGUGCCCGGGCCGCAGGGCGCGCCCGAGGGCAGCGCGGUCUGGUCCAGCGCGUCCACCCCCUCGCUCCGCCGCCGGCGCUUCAAGCUGCGCCGCGCGAGGAACGUGCUGGAGCGGAGCCUGGAGGCCGGGCUGGCGCGGGAGCUGCCCCUGCCCGGCGGCGAGGCCCCCGGCAAGGAGCUCCUGCAGCUGCCGGCCAUCGAGAUCACGCCCUCCAGCGACGAGGACACGCCGUGGUCCAACUGCUCCACACCCAGCGCGUCCCCGCGCCGAAAGCGCUUCCUCCUCCGCAAGUGGCUGCGGCUGCGGGAGCGGAAGGAGUUCGGCGAGAGCAGUGUGUCCAGUGCGUCCAGUGCCCCCAGUGAGUCCAGUGAGCCCAGUGCCCCCAGUGAGCCCAGUGCGUCCAAUGAGCCCAGAGAGCCCAGUGAACCCAGUGCCCCCAGUGACCCCAGUGCAUCCAGUGAGCCCAGUGCAUUCAGUGAGCCCAGUGAGCCCAGUGAGCUCAGUGCAUUCAGUGAGCCCAGUGCGCCCAGUGAGCCCAGUGCCCCCAGUGCGUCCAGUGAGCCCAGUUCCCCCAGUGAGCCCAGUGCCCCCAGUGCGUCCAGUGAGCCCAGUGCGUCCAGUGAGCCCAGUGUGUCCAGUGAGCCCAGUGCUCCCAAUGAGCUCAGUGCUCCCAGUGUGCCCAGUGAGCCCAGUGAGCCCAGUGUGCCCAGUGAGCCCAGUGCGCCCAGUGCGUCCAGUGAGCACAGUGAACCCAGUGCCCCCAGUGAGCCCAGUGCCCCCAGUGCGCCCAGUGCCCCAUGCCCCAGUGAGCCCAGUGCGUCCAGUGAGCCCAGUGAGCCCAGUGAGCCCAGUGCAUUCAGUGAGCCCAGUGUGUCCAGUGAGCCCAGUGCGUCCAGUGAGCCCAGUGUGUCCAGUGAGCCCAGUGAGCCCAGUGCAUUCAGUGAGCCCAGUGUGCCCAGUGAGCUCAGUGCAUUCAGUGAGCCCAGUGCGCCCAGUGAUCCCAGUGAGCCCAGUUCCCCCAGUGAGCCCAGUGCCCCCAGUGCGUCCAGUGAGCCCAGUGCGUCCAGUGAGCCCAGUGAGCCCAGUGAGCCCAGUGCCCCCAGUGAGCCCAGUGCAUUCAGUGAGCCCAGUGCAUUCAGUGAGCCCAGUGCCCCCAGUGAGCCCAGUGAGCCCAGUGCGUCCAGUGAGCCCAAUGAGCCCAGUGCAUUCAGUGAGCCCAGUGAGCCCAGUGUGUCCAGUGAGCCCAGUGCGUCCAGUGAGCCCAGUGUGUCCAGUGAGCCCAGUGUGUCCAGUGAGCCCAGUGCUCCCAAUGAGCUCAGUGCUCCCAGUGUGCCCAGUGAGCCCAGUGCAUUCAGUGAGCCCAGUGAGCCCAGUGCCCCCAGUGCGUCCAGUGCGUCCAGUGAGCCCAGUGCUCACAGUGUGCCCAGUGAGCCCAAUGAGCCCAGUGCGUUCAGUGAUCCCAGUGUUCCCAGUGAGCCCAGUGCUCCCAAUGAGCUCAGUGCUCCCAGUGUGCCCAGUGAGCCCAGUGCAUUCAGUGAGCCCAGUGAGCCCAGUGCCCCCAGUGCGUCCAGUGCGUCCAGUGAGCCCAGUGCUGUGUCUCCACCAGAUUCCAGCCAGCAGAGCAGCCAGCAGAGCAGCCACGAGGAUGAUGCCAGCAGGUUCCUGAGUCCCCAGGUGCAGGAAGAGAGGUAA